AACUAAGGAGUUGUACACGUGGUCGACGCAGUUUUCUGUCAUCUCUCGCUUUUCCUUUGAGGAGAGGGAAGAAGCGAACUCAAAGAAACACAAAGUGUAAAAAGUGCAACCAAAACAAAUGGAUCCUUAUUUUAUUCAUUGAAUGGCUGUGUAAUGUACGUAAUGAAGAUUUAAUUACAAAGAUGAAUACGAGUAUUCUGUGAUUAAUAAAUCCGUGAAAAUUGAUUUCCGAAAAAAUCAAACUUGAGAAAAUCUUUCAUUUAUUCGUUUUGGAAGGAAAAAAUCUAUGUGGGAUGACAAUGUCUAAAACAAACUCGUCACAAAUUGCACCUGUUUAACUCCUGUUUAUCUUCUGGUUUUUUGCAGUCAUACUGAAAGUUUAUAAAGUUGUACGGCAACAAACUUUACGGCUUACAAGCCGCACAUUAUUAAUUCAUUAAAGGCGGAAUGAGUGUGCGUACACAAAGAAUACUUUUGUGCGCACUUGUGCUCCUAGGCAUUAUUUAUUUUUGUACGAAUCGGCGUACGAGCGACAAUAAUGUAUCUCUGAAGCAGCUUCUCGCUGCUGCAAUAAAAGCGGCAGAGAUUGGAGGACUGGAAGUAGUGGCAGUGCAUGAUCAGAUUAAAUCUAAAAUAGAGAGCAAAGGCUUAACGAAAGAAGGUAUAAAUGAUCCAGUAACAGCAGCAGAUUAUAGAUCUCACUGUGCCAUGUAUCGCUCUUUAACAGAGGCAUUUCCAGGAGUUACUGUGAUAUCUGAAGAAACAUCGCAGGAUUGUGAUAAGAUUGUAGUGAAAGAUAUUAAGAACUCUAUUAACAAUAUCGAUUAUGAUAUAAGUAAAGGUCACGAAAGUAAUGAUAUUGUUAAUGUUAAUGAUGUUACCAUCUGGAUAGAUCCUCUUGAUGCUACCAAAGAAUUCACAGAAAAUUUACUGCAAUAUGUAUCUACUAUGGUAUGCAUAGCUGUUAAAGGACAACCAGUUAUUGGUGUUAUAUAUAAACCAUUUGAGACAAGACAAAAUUAUAGUUUAUUUUGGACAUGGAAUAAUCAUGAUGUGUCAAAAAAUCUGAAAAAUUUGUCCAAGGUAAAAGAUAAUAAGAUACCUGUCUUAAUUGUAUCUCUUUCACACGCUGGACAAGUAAAAAAUUCAUCUAAAAUUGCCUUUGGCGACAACGUCAAAAUUAUUUCUGCUGCUGGUGCAGGAUACAAAUUCUUGGAAGUUGCUGCUGGUAAUGCAACAGCAUACGUUCAUACAACUACUAUAAAAAAAUGGGAUAUAUGUGCAGGCACAGCAAUUCUUAGUGCUUUAGGAGGAACAGUGACUCAGUUAUACGAUCAACAGCCAAUCUAUUUUGGAGCGAAUGAUCCGAAAGUCCUGACAAAAGGUCUCUUAGCAACUAUGAGCGAUCAUGCAUGGUAUUCCGAAAAAUUCUUGCAUGAUUUUUCAUCCGAAUCACAUUAAUCAAAGAAUACAAUAAGCGAAGAUUAAAUUGUAUAUAUCAAAUUUUGCUUGUAAGAUUCGUGCUCCAAAAAAAUCAAUAUGUUUAUGUAAUAAGAUUAUUACAUAUCUUGUAAUAACUGUUUCUUAUCGUUAAUUAUUUAUUAUAAGAGAUACAUUUGUCAUAAACUGUAUAAAAAAGUAGAUUUUUAUAUAAUAAAUGAGAUAACAAUCAUAA